AUGUCAGACUCGCUAUCAGAUGCGGACAAGAUCCGCAACAAGCGCCUUGCAAAGCUUUCAAACCUGAAUGCUUCGCCCGCCUCGGGUGAUGGCCCCUCAGAUUCGCCUCCCAACUCCUCGAAUCCCUCCCCCGCCUCCUCCCCUUCGUGGUUGACCCAGCAAUCGUCCGAGUUUCCAAGUGCGACAUCUUCCACUGCACAGACACCACAGAACCUCGAGGGAAAGCGGAUAAAGAUUACACCUACUGCGGCUCCGUCUAGUGCUCCAGCUGCCACACCAGAGCGUCCUCGCUCUACCGCGCCGUCGAACGGGGGGACUCCACCACCCACAAAAACCGAGACCAUCGAGACCUUUGAAGACCGGACUUUGAGCGCGGUGUUUAGAUUCACUCUUAAAGAGGAAUCACAGAGGGAUCACAAUGGGAAUCGUGUUUAUCUCUCGGGGUUGAGAAAGGAGUUGCUGGAUGAAGGUAAGGAAUUGCGCAUUGAAACAGCGCUCUUGGAUCAGGCACUCCUGGAGGCUGCAUCACAAGAGACUCAGCUCCCACUGGACUAUCUGCUUCCAUGCUGGAAGCGGGUGACUAAACUCCACAAGGGAUUUCGUCGAGCACGGGACGACGACCCAAAGUUUCAAGUGCUCUGCGAGGCAAGGCGCCUUUGUUUGAGCUAUUGCAUCUUUGCUAUCACUAUGCCGGAGAUGUUCAAUGCGGACAAGCCCGGACGAUCCCCAUUAGCGUCACACUUGCUGCGAGAGCCUGAGGACGAAAAAGGUAUGGACUUUGAAUUCAUAAGCGAGGCCGUCAAAAGAUUUGAAGAGGAUGAAAAUCUCAAACCUGCCUUCAUUUCCGCGGUGGAGGAAAUGAGCGUGGAGCUCUCCACAAAGGACAUCAAUGAAGAUUACAAGCAAUAUGCUACGGCAUUGCGCAACCUCGUCCGACAUCCUACCAUCGCCGCCGCAAUCACUGAAUCGUCUAUCUUCAAUGCUUGUCGGGAUCCAGCGCAAUUUGAGAAGGCCACCUUGCUCGGCCCUUGGUUUCGCCUUUCGCCCCUCCAAGGCAGUGUCACCAAGCAAUAUUUCUCCAGUCCCAAGACUCGAGACCCUGCAUAUAUUUUAACCGCACAACGAUCUCUUCGCAUGACACAGCAGAUCCUCAGCUCCGAUCUCUUGGACGUGAUCAACCACAUGAUCCGAGCUUCCAAGGAGGCCAGAGACCGGGUUCUGGACUGGUUCGCAACUGCUCUGAACAUUAACCACAAACGACGUGCGAUGCAAGUUGAUCCAGAAACUGUAUCCUCCGAUGGAUUCAUGUUCAACAUCACAACAUGUCUAGACCAGCUCUGCGAGCCAUUCAUGGACGCAACUUUCACGAAGAUCGAUCGGAUCGAUGCCGAGUAUCUGCACCGAGACUCACGAGUCGACAUGCGGGAGGAGACCAAGAUCAACGCCGACCAGCAUGCUUCGGACGCUUUCUAUUCCAAGAAGGUAGAUGGGACGUCCAAUUUCAUCACAGAGAUCUUUUUCUUGACCGUUGCUGCUCAUCAUUAUGGCAGUGAGUCACUUACUGAGAAAUUGGAACAACUCGAGAAGGAUCUCCGGCACAUGGAGUCUUCUAUCGCUAAGUUCGAACUCGAACGACACCGCUGGGCUGCUAACCCGGCUCAGCUGGCAAUGUUUGAGCGGACCCUGAAGCGGUUUAAAGACAAAUUUGAUUUGGGCCUGGCCUUGAAGUACAGCUUGCAGGGCCUUCUCUUCGAUGAUCAAUGGCAGGCUCGCUCGAUGCUCUUCAUGCGCUAUGUCACCGUGUGGCUCUUAAGACUUGUUUCUGGCGUCAACUUCCCGAAGGAGCAGGUCACAUUGCCUUUGUCGGAGCAGCAACCUGAAGUUUUCAAGUGCCUACCAGAGUAUUUCCUCGAUGAUAUUGUGAGCAACUUUAAGUUCAUCAUGUGGUGCAUGCCGCACAUUAUCACAGCAACCCAAGGAGACGAGCUGGUUAUUCUUUGCAUUACGCUCCUGGAGAGCUCUGUCUACAUCAAGAACCCUUAUCUCAAGGCCGGCCUUGUCUCUAUCAUGUUUCGAGGUACCUGGAGCCGCUCGGGUGGUGCCCGCGGUGUCUUGGUUGAUCUGCUGAACUCGAUGGAGUUUGCCAACGAAUACCUCCUGCAUGCAAUCAUGAAAUUCUACAUUGAGGCCGAGCACACCGGAACCCAUACCCAAUUCUUCGACAAGUUCAAUAUCCGUUACGAGAUUUUCCAAAUCAUCAAGUGCAUUUGGCCGAAUACUCUUUACCGAGAGAAGCUGUCCAACCAAGCGAACCAGAACCUGGACUUCUUCGUUCGGUUCGUCAACAUGCUUCUCAACGACGUGACUUAUGUCCUUGACGAGUCAUUUGGCGCUUUUAAAACAAUUCACAACACCCAGACCGAGCUCAACCGAGAGGGCAACUCGAUGGACCAGGCCACCCGUCAACAACGCGAAGAGCACUUGGCCACCGCGCAGCGCAGCGCAAAGUCUUACAUGCAACUGACCAACGAGACCGUGGCCAUGCUCAAGCUAUUCACGGAGGCACUGGCCGACUCCUUCACCAUGCCCGAAAUCGUUCAACGACUGGCCGACAUGCUGGAUUACAACCUCGAUGCCAUGGUCGGACCUAAGAGUUCGAACUUGCGCGUUGACAACCUUCAGGAAUAUGGUUUCAAUCCCCGGGCAUUGCUUACUGAGAUCACCGAUGUGUAUCUCAACUUGAUGGGGAAGCAGAAUUUCGUUGUUGCUGUCGCCCGUGAUGGGCGUUCUUAUAAGCCUGCCAACUUCGAGAAAGCAGCCGAUAUCAUGCGCAAAUGGUCCCUGAAGUCCCCCGAGGAGCUGCGCCGUUGGUCGUCUUUGCAGAAAAAGGUCAUGGACGCCAAGGCAGAGGAUGAGCAAGCAGAGGAGGAUCUGGGUGAGAUCCCGGACGAGUAUUUAGAUCCUCUCAUGUUCACUCUCAUGGAAGACCCCGUCAUCCUGCCCAACUCUCGGAUGUCUAUCGACCGCUCGACCAUCCGUUCGCACUUACUCAGUGACCCGCACGACCCUUUCAACCGUGUCCCGUUGAAGAUGGAGGAUGUGAUCCCCAACACGGAGCUCAAGGCCCAGAUCGAAGCAUUCGUCAGCGAGCGUACAAGCAAGAAGGGCACCCCCGCAGACGCAAUGGACACGGCAGCAGACUAA